UAUAAAAAGGCAAGGAAAAGCUAGUUGUUCAGUGUCAAUCCAAGUUUGCAAUACUCCCUGGUCCAGUUGUGAUCAUCUGCAUCUGAUAGCAACAUGAAAGUCUGUGUGCCUGUUGUCAUGAUCCUUCUCAUCUCUGCCUUCUUCUCCCAGGCCUCCUCUGCUCCAGUGGGUUCUGACAUGCCAACCUCCUGCUGCUUCUCCUAUACAAGUCGCAAGCCCCCACGUAACUUAGUGGUGAAGUAUUACAGUACCAACAACAAGUGCUCCUGGCAAGCUGUCGUGUUUAUCACAAAAAAAGGCCGUGAAAUUUGUUCUAACCCUGAAGACUCAUGGGUUCAAAUGUACAUGAACAGCCUGGAACAGAACUGAAUAGUGCAGGGACUG